AUGGUAGUCAGCGAGAGAAUAUUCCACUUGGGAAGCGAGAGGGAACACACCAUGUAUGAGGCAGAGAUAGUGGGUAUGAUCCCGGCGGUAGAGCUGUUGAGGGAGGCAGGAGGAGAAGGAACAAUGGCCCUUGGGGUGGACAACCGGGCAGCAAUCAGAGCCACCAAUGCCUUCCAAUCACAGCCCGGUCACUACCUCAUCAAUACAUUCCACGACGACCUUAGAAUGCUCCUUCCAGACAGAGAUGGCAGGAAACUCACUAUCAGAAGGACUCCAGGCCAUAAGGGCAUAGCAGGGAAUGAAGCCGCAGACGUAUGCACGAAAAGGGAAGCCAGGAGGGACACUUCAGAUGGCCACCUCCUCCCCAGAUCACUCCAAAUCAGACCAAACCUCCCCAUCAAGCUACUGCACAGCAAAGCAAACGUUCAACAUGAAGAUCAAGUGCGAGGCGAAAUCAAUAAUGCAACAAUUGCCAUAGUAUGA